AUGGCCUGUAAGACCAACAAAGUUAAGCGUCGGAACUUGUAUAUGGUGCUCGCUAUCGUUGUUGUACUGACAUUGCUCAGCAAUAGUCGACAAACUAUGGCAAGGAUGAUCGUCGCUGGUUCUUCUGCUUCGCAGCAUCCACUGAGAGACGCGCGAGUGAAACGGCAGUUGCGGUUGAAUUCGAAUAUGAAGGAGGAAAUUCACGGCGGCGGCGACGACGACGAAGAGAGGUUUGAUUUAAACCAUUCUCCGAUUGAAAACGUGAUUGCAUCCUUGAAAGCUGCCGAUGCGCUUGAGCCCAAGCUAGUAGGCACGCUCAAGGAUGCCAAUUUUCAGGAGUGGGCCAUGCAUAUGGAUGAAGCGUACCAGAGACACCGUCGGUACGCCGGAGAAGAAAUCGGAAAAGAAGAAGAAAACGAGCUAGUGCUCUUUAUGCUGAGGAAGGACUUUGCCGACGACGAAGGUCUGAAGGAUUGGCUUGCUGCAGCUCAAGCUAACAAGGGAAAGGAACGUGCCACAGCUUUGGCAAGGAUACUUGAGGAAAAAAUAAGGCCUAUGGAGAACGACAGCGAAGUACCAACGACAGUGAGAACUGACGAGGAGCUUGAGUCUGGCAUGGACAAGUUUGACGAAAACAUGGAAGGCCUGUUGGACAGCGCCGUUUUCAAAAUCCCAGUGUGGGAUACUUGGGUCUCGUAUCUAGUGUAUUUCCACGUCGCAGAAAACAUUGGAGAAGAAGAAAAAUAUUCGCUAGUACUCUCAGAGCUGAACGUGACCGAUGACUUGUUGGACAACUCGUUGCAUGCAGUGAAGACUCCCAAGGGUCUGGAUCGUGCCAUAGCAUUGGCGGCGGCGCGCCAGCGUGAGGAAUCGGAACGCAUGCGUACACAAAAGAGACCUGGUGGGAACGACGGCGAAGCACCAGCGACAAAGCUUCAACGAAACAACUGA